AUGAAGUUCACAUUGCAACUCUAUCGUGGGGCUGGUAAAGCAAUUGAUUACUAUGGCAGGUACCAUCCAAGUGUUCUCUCCAUACAGCAGUUUAUUGAUUUUAGUAAAAAGACAAAUUCGUCAAAACAGUCAUUCCUAUUUUUGAGGAAAGAGAUCCCGGUCAGGCUGGCAAACAUUAUGAAGGAAAUCCAAUUACUGCCUGAUAAGUUACUCGAAAUGCCCUCCGUUAAGAUUGUUAAAGGAUGGUAUGAGCAGAGCUUCGAGGAUAUCUUAGAGUUCGAGAAUGCAGACCCUAACAAUACUGCAACCCUUCAAAAAUUCCUAGAAUCACUGAAUAACAUUAGAAAUAGACAUUUGACUGUUUUUGAGAAAAUGGCCGCCGGCAUGGUCGAAAUGAAGGAUUACCUACACGUCGAAGAUUUGAGCAAUCUAGACGAACGAAUUCACUACUUCCUUGAUAGGUUCUAUCUCAGUAGAAUCAGUAUUCGACUCAUCAUUCAUCAACAUCUAUUAUUGUUUGGAAAAUCCGAUUCUAUUAAUAGCAGCAGUUUGAUUGGCUGUUUUGAUCCUGAUUGUGAUGUACAGGCGGUGGCUUACGAUGCCUACAGAAACGCCAGAUCUCUCUGUGAGCAGUAUUACAAAGUGGCCCCAGAAUGCAUGUUCAACAUUCAAAAACGUCUCGACAAGAUUUCAAUGACCUACGUACCGGUACAUCUUUAUUAUAUCCUCUUCGAACUAUUCAAGAAUUCAUUAAGAGCUGUUGUUGAGUUUGACAAAAACAACAACAGCAGUAACCACAGCAGCGGUCUGCCUCCAUUAGACGUCCUAAUUUGCAAAGGAAGAGAGGACAUCACCAUCAGAUUGGCAGACCACGGAGGAGGCAUACCGAGAAAAGACUUAGAUAAGAUAUUCAAUUAUCUUUACACGUCUGCUAAACUUCCGUCUGAUUUUAGCGCUAAAUCUAAUCCACCCCUGGCGGGUUAUGGUUACGGCCUGCCCAUAUCUCGACUCUAUGCAAAGUAUUUCAAUGGAGACCUGAUCAUAAACUCUGUCGAUGGCUUUGGAACCGAUGCUCUUCUCUAUUUAAAAGUUCUGCCUAAGGAGGCCAGUGAGUUGUUGCCUGUUUACAACAAGACUUCUUCACUAAAAUACACGGACUCUAUUCAGGUGAAAGAUUGGAGUGAACCAUUUAAAACUGUCAACUAA